ACCCCCUAUAGGUCGGCGCCGGGGUAUAAAUGCGAGGGAAGGGCGGCCUGGAGACGCAGUUCUCACUAAACUUUCUCAGUGAAACAACACCAGUGUUCAACAACUCAGUCACAAUGAAGGUAAUCAUCCUCAGCGCCCUGGUUGCCGUGGCCAUGGCGGCGAAACUCGGUACUCUCAGCAACCUGGUCGAGGAACCCACCACCACGACGGAGCCUCCCAAGCCCUAUAGUUUCGGCUUCGAAGUCCGAGACGACAACACGACCAACUACCACAACCGCGCCGAGGCCGCCGGUGACGGCUGCGUCCGGGGAUCGUACAGCUACGUUCUUCCCGACGGCUUCGUGUACACCUACAAGUACCAGGACUGCGGUCAGGGAUACGAGAUCGUGGAACAGCGCAAGGAACCCUCAGGCAUCCAAGUCAUCAUCCCCGAGCCUAAGCCCAAGAUCGCCAAGGAACAGUCCUUGUUCACAGCUGCUUAAAAACAACAAAAAUCGUUCUUCGCCAUUUUGACAUCUAACCCCCUCCCUCUUCCCUGCCCCCUCCCUCUUCCCAGCCGUUUCCCGCCAUUUUUCCUUUUAUUUCAAACUUUACAAAGCCACCCUGAUUUGUCAGUUUAUUAUUUUCAUGUGGAUUUCUUGUAAUAUUUCUUUUAUUGUCGUCAUUACUUUAAAGUUUCUUGAUUUUCUAGUUGUAUAUGAACUCCACUUUUGAGGUAAUAAAAGACACAUUCAGGAUUUUCUUCAACUAAUAUCAUAUUUUAUUACCGCACUUUCCGCUACGUCUGUAAUUCUGUUUAGUACAACUUGUUACAAAUAAUGUUAUAUAUUUUAUACUGCAUUAUAAUAAAUACGUAACUACA